AUGGAGACUGCCGUGACCGUGGCCAUCCUGUUCACUCUCCUAGCGGUGGGCGGGCUCCUCCUGUCAGUCAGGCCAGUCCUGCUGCCCCCUGGACCACGCCUCUUGCCCCUCCUCGGGAACCUGCACCUGCUCAUCUGGGAGGACGUCAGGAGUCUUGUGGUUCGGCUCAGGAAGGAAUACGGGGACAUUUUCAGCGUAUAUUUUGGCUGGCGUCCAGUGGUGGUCGUAGCAGGUCUGAAGCUCAUCAAAGAGACCUUCGUCAAGAACGCGGAGGUCUUUUCAGAACGACCACGGGGUCUGGGUUACGAGCCCUUCACAAGAGGACGAGGUAUUAUGAACACAAGCGGCGAGGCUUGGAAACAGCAGAGAAACUUCGUCAUAACAGCUCUGCAUGACCUUGGAAUGGGCAGCGAAGCCAUGGAGACCAAGAUCGGUCCGGAGAUGAUUCAGUUGACCAGCACCCUCUUGGACCUGAACGGAAAGUCUUUUGAUCCCCAUGACAUCAUGUUGGUCACUGCGUCCAACGUCGUCUUUAACGUGUGUUUUGGCAAACGGUUCGAGAAGGAUGACCCCGAGUUUAGUAUUUUUGCUAAAAGGUCGGUGGUUUAA